AUGUUCACCUGCUUCCUUCUUUCACUCAGGCACUCAUUCACUCCCACCCUCGCUCUGUACCUAUCGUUGCCCCCCUUGCACCGUUGUAUCCAUCCGUACCCAUCCGCACCCAUCCGCACCCAGCCACGUGCCACGGCUAUCUUCGUUCCCGGGGACAACGUGGAGGGCAGUGGCAGCGCGCGCGUGGACCAUCUGUCUUUUAAGUCAAUACAGAAAAUUAUUUUGCACCGUUGUUUUCCCAUCCGCACCCAUCCCCACUCAUCCCCACCCAACCGCACCCAGCCAUGUGCCACGGCGAUCUUCUUCCCUGGGGACAAUGUGGAGGGCAGUGGCAGCGCACGCGUGGACCAUCUGUCGCGGCCUGAGGUGAUAGCUGCGCUGGUGGAGGGGAAGCUGCGUAGAAUAAGCACAAAGGGGAGGAAAGAGGAGCAGGCGGGUGGUGCUGCGGAUGGGCCACCGGGCUUGCCGACAGCCCAUAGGCUGCUGGCGCUGCUGCAUCAGGUGGGAAGGGACGUGGAGAGACAGAUGGUUGCUGAGACGACGGAGGGGCGAGAGGAGGCGGAUUGUUGUGAUGGGAAAGACGGCAAGAGGACCAGCCCAAGCAGCAGCGACAAUGACAGUGGUAGCAGUGGUGGUUGUGAUGGUGGUAGUGGUAACAGUGGUGUGUGUCGUCCCGUGCAUCUGUUUGGGUUCAGCAAGGGUGGUGUGGUGCUCAAUCAGCUGCUGGCAGAGGCAGCAGAGGCAGGGCAGAUGCUCACAGCACAGGCGGCAGUCAGCGAGCAACUGGGGACGACCGAAGAUCGAUUGGGCAAGAUUGAUUCCCUGUCAAAAAUCCCACCUCCUGCUCUCGCUGUGCCUGCGUCAGUAGCAGCAGCACAGGCACCUGCAGCAGCAGCAGCAGCAGCAGCAGAUUCCCCGCCGCCAUUCUCGCUGCCAGAUUCACCCAUGGCCUUCCUACAGCAGACAGCAGCGUGGGAGUAUGUGGAUGUGGGGCUGAACUGCCGCGGAGCGUACCCCACUGACCCUCGCACUCUCUCUGCCUUCGUGCAUGCCUGCCAGCUCAAGCCCGCACUUUGCCAGCAUGGCUCGUAUCUCUGGAAGAACAAGCAGGUGCCGCUGCAAGUGACUGAGGUUCCCCCUGCUGCUGCUGCUGCUGCUGCUGCUGCUACUGCCGCUGGUGGUGGUGAUGCUGCUACUGGGGCCAGUGCAGCUGGUGCUGCUACUGGCGGCGAUGCUGCUGCUGCGUCCAAUAGUCCCCCUGAUGCUGCUGCUGCUGCUGCUGCUGCUGCUGCUGCUGCUGCUGCUGCUGCAGCUGUUCCUGCUGCAGAUUUGUCAGCAUCAGCCGCAUGUGCGACGUGCAGCAAGGCAGUGGUGGUGCGGGUGCACGGAACGCCGCGGCAGUGGGAGGACAGGCGCAGGCCGUGGAUCGGCAAUGAGAAGCAGCGGUUUGUGGAGCUGCUGAGAGAUGCCAUGGUGAGAGGCGACAGGCUCACUCAUGAUGCUACGUUGCAAUCACUCACACCAGCAACAGCACCGCCAGCAGCAACAGCAGCAGCAGCAGCAGCCGCACGAGCAGCAGCGGCAGCAGCUGCUGCAGCACCAGCGUUAGCACCAGCACCAGCACCAGCAGUGGCGUUCCCUAGGCAGCCGCAGCAACCAGGCUUAGCGGCAGCAGCUCCAGCAGCGGAUUUUGGGCCGUUGUGUGGGGUGGAGGUGCGGGAGCGGCUGUACUUUGCCGGGCAGAAGCCAGCGACCCUGGAUAUGCACAUGGAAGCUGUAGCUGCCAUGGACUUGCAAUAG